AUGACACAGGAUGAAGUGCGUGAAUUAUACGGAAAGGCUUUUAAUUUCCUGUCGAGAUUUCCACAUUUUUCACACAUUUCUCAUUUUUAUCGUAAUAAGUCGGUGAGGUAUUUCCAACAAAUCAAGAGUACAGGUGGCGUCAUGCACAAGUACAUUAAGAACUGGGGAGGGGAUCAGGCUUCAACACUCAACGGACAAAUACAGGGUCUGUUCUUCAGUACUUAUGUACACCCAGUGACACAUCUUCCCCCAGACAGUUCAUAUUUCGGAUCGGUGAGGCUACAUGUCCCGACAUACUUUCUGUUGAACUCAAACAUGAACAUGUACUUCUCUGACUUUUACUGUCACACUGUGAACCACAAAGUCCAGAUUGUCCUUGCGGUCAAAGGCAGCCCAAGUGACCACUUCUGCAGACAACGACUCGUGUUGCUGAAUCAAUACGACAAUCCGUUUCUCGUCAGGGUUCAAUACGGAUACAGAGAAACAGUGAAAGUAACAAACAAUGUUAUCGUGGAAGUGUUUUACACCGAGAACGUACCUAUCAGGGACUUGGUGCUUAACGACAACGCGUUUUUCUCCCAAACAAAACAGACAGGAAAUGCUUUGGCCAUGGUAAACGGUAUUCCAAAAAAUAGAGACUGUCAAAUUUGUAAUUUAAAUUGCUUUCUCCUCGCUCAUAAUAAACAAUGA